AUGAAAGUAUCUAUGCGGAGGACAAUAACGUUUGCAAUAGAUCCAGUCACUAGGGAUACAGUCACGGAGAAAAUUAUUACGAUAAGCAGAGCGUGUGGUCACGAGGACGACUACACAGUCAGAGAAGAUAAAUUUAAAUAUUUACUCAAAUUUGCAAAAGACCGUGAUUGGAGCGGAAAGGGGACAAUGUUAUGUGACGGUACAGCUGACGUCACGGUGGAAAAGCACACAUUGCAACAAGCUCCGUUGCGACACGGAACAGGUUCGGAUGACUCUUCAGAUCGGCCUAGCGGUGCCCUCCAUCUUGCAAUGUCGGAUGUCUUCUCAAGUUGUAACUGA